UAUUCAACCCAAUUUUUUAAUCUUCGAGUCCAAAAUACUAACACUCCAUAGUAAAGAACACUGAACCACGGAAAUGACGAAGCGAAAGCAGCCCCAACUCGCCGCAGAUUAUUCAGACGACGACGUUUCUGAAGAACUUGGAAGUAUAGAAAAAUUGGGGAGUAAUUAUAAGUUACAUCCAAUUUAUAUGUCCACUAUCCAUGUAGAUGGAGUAUUCAAUUUCAAUAAGAUUCCUCGUCGCCAGAGGUCAAUUAGGGUAUUCAGGAGGGAGAAGAAAACAGCCGUGCUAAAUGCUGGGAAAUUGGUUGGAUGUGUUGCCAAGGCAAGCAGAAGAUCUAGGGAUGAGAGAAAUAAAUCGAAGGCAGAAAUAGAGGAAAGUGAUUGUGUCAUUGUAUACACAUCUGUUUGUAAUGGUAGAGUAUCGAGGAGGCUGUGUGGCAGCACCACCAAGGGUCAGGAGACUGGAAAGUUAGGCUCUCAAAUGUUUGAAAUCUACAUAGAGAAUAUGUGGAGAAAGCUCUCAGAAGAGGAGAAGACUGAGUUUACUUAUCUUGACUCUUUGUGGUUUUCCUUGCAUGCUAAAGGACCUCACAAAUCAAAAGUGUUGAGUUGGAUCAAAAGAAAGGAUAUAUUCUCGAAAAAAUAUGUAUUUGUUCCGAUUGUUCAGUGGGGUCAUUGGUUUCUUUUGAUUUUCUGCCACUUUGGUGAAAAUUCAGAGGCAAAAUCUAAACGCCGCUGCAUGCUGUUGCUAGAUUCCCUGCAAAAUGCACAUUCGAAGCAGCUAGAAUCUGGAAUCAGAAACUUCGUCUUUGACAUAUUUAAAACAGAAGAACGGCCGGAGAAUAAGGAACUAAUUAGGAAACUCCCGCUUUUAAGUCCUAAGGUGCCCCAACAGAAAAACAGCGAGGAGUGUGGAUUUUUUGUUCUCUACUACAUAUAUAAAUUCCUAAAGAGUGCCUAUGAUAAUGUUAGCUUCUCGAAAGGCUGCACACACUUUGUCUCAUGCAGGGUUACUUUCUAACCUGCGAUGUAUAGAUGAAAGAGAACUGGUUUACUCACGAAGAUGUGGAGUGCUUUACCAAAUCACUAAACCCAAUGAUCUGUGAUGUAUAGAUGAAAGAGCACUGGUUUACUCAGAAAGAUGUGGAGUGCUUUACCAAAUCACUGGACCCAAUGACCGAAUUUUCUGAAUGAUAGGAUAUCAGUAUAUUAGUUCUUUUCGUAAAUGAUGUAUUGAAAAUCAGUCAAAUUUAGCAAUAAGAAGGUAUAUGAUGAUUGUCUUUUUAAUUUUGGCUAACUAAUUUUAGGAGUAAGAUUUGGAUGACUGUUUCCAUUUUCUAUAAUGAUGUAGAUUAUUGUAAGACUAUGAACAGAAAUAGCCUUGUUUCUAGUAUUAUAGUAUAUAUUAUAAACAUUGUAGUAUCUAA